AUGACAGGUUUAGGAUCUCCUUGUGGAGCCUGCAAGUUCUUGAGGAGGAAGUGUGUUAAGGGUUGUGUAUUUGCUCCAUAUUUCUGCCAUGAACAUGGUGCAACACACUUCGCUGCAAUCCAUAAGGUGUUUGGAGCAAGCAAUGUUUCAAAGCUUCUAGCACACCUUCCAGUCACUGAUCGUUGUGAAGCUGCAGUUACAAUCUCAUAUGAAGCUCAAGCAAGACUUCAAGAUCCCAUCUAUGGUUGUGUUUCUUACAUUUUCGCGCUUCAACAACAGGUUGUGAAUUUACAGGCACAGUUGAUGUCUCUCAAAGCACAAGCAGCACAAAGCAGCCUUGUUAGUAAUGUCUCUACCACUUCAAGUCCUCAAUUUCCUUCAUAUCCACAAGAUGUCCAAGGAUUACUUCAUUUAGAAGAAUCAAGGAUGCCAUCUCAAUUCCAUCAUCAGAAUCCAACCAUGUUUAACUACAACAAUGGGUUCAUGGAUCCUAACUCUAUGGGUGAUUAUAACAAUCCUGUCAUGCCUGAAGAGAACCUCUCUUUCACUGGUUUUCAUGAAGACCCAUCUCAUCCCAUGGCUUCUCUUGACAUGCAAAAUAACAACAGGAAGUGGGCUUUUCAAGACACAGAAGAUCUUCAAUCAGUUGCUUUCUCCUAUCAUCAAAGUUCAUGACAUGGUGGAGCUAACCUGAUUAGCCAAAUGGGUGUGGAUGAUCAAUUUUGAAGUGUGACUAUAGAUACUUCUAAAUGUGGACUUUGCUGCUAUAAAUAAGCUAAUCUAGGAUCCCUAGAAAAGCUUAUAUAUACUGUUAGGUUCACCCUAUAGUCUACUCUAUAUAUGUUAGAGAUCUCGUGUAUAAGUAUUUGGUAAUGGAUAAAAUAAUAGUUCAACCUGUUGUUAAGUAAAAACAAUGGAGAAAACUGAUUUUGUUCUUG